AUGAGAAGAAAGACUCUGCUGCUCUGUUUCAUCCAUGGCUUCAAGGGAACCGAUGAUACGUUCGAUGGCUUCCCAGGAGACCUCAGAGCUCUCGUGAGUAACGCAUUUCCCAACCUCAACGUGAAGACGGUCGUUUACCCGCAAUACGAAACCCGUGGAGACCUACCUAGCUGCGUCGCAAAUUUCCGAGAAUGGUUACAGAACCGCGUAAUCGACCUCGAGGUCGCCGCUGGUACUCCCUCUCCAAUUGUCGAGCCCAGCGUCCGCACAAUCCUCGUAGCCCACUCCAUGGGCGGGAUUGUAGCAGCUGAUACCCUUCUUUCCAUCCUCGACGAUGAAACCAUCACGCUACCCAACGGCCGCAAACAGCGCAAAGGAGCCGGUUUCAUGUUCCCCCACAUCCAAGGCAUCCUCGCAUUCGACACCCCAUAUCUCGGUCUCUCCCCUGCCAUGUUUGCAUACGGAACCGACACCAAGCUUCGAUCCGCAUCAACCACAAUCUCGCAGAUCUCCACCCUCGCAUCCGGUCUCCUCGCAUCCCGCGCCGCCUCCGAAGGCGCAAACGUAGUGCAAAAAAACAAAGAGGCCGACGCCACAAAGCGCUCCUCUGGCUCCUCCUCCUCGCGCCGCUCCUCCCGCUCUUCCUCCUCCUCGCGCUCGCGCUCCCAUUCUCACUCCCACAGGGAACCCCCAGCUCCCCCACCUGCCGCCGCAGCCCCUGCAGCAGGCCUCUGGGGCGGCUGGGGUAAAGUCGCCGCGUACGCCGGCGCCGCAUCCCUCCUCGCCGCCGGCGGCGCAAUUGCAUACUUCAAGCGUGAAGAGCUCGGCCACGGCAUCGGCUGGGUCUCCUCCCACCUCGAGUUCGUCGGUGCCCUCAUGAAGGGCGAGGAGCUGCGCAACCGCACCAAGCGCGCCAGCAGCGUGCCCGGCGUGGGCUUUGCAACGCUGUACACGGCGCUGGGGGCGCGCGGGCAGGACAAGGGCGAGCGCACAUUCAUCAUCCUGCCCGCGUCCAACACGGAGCAUGCCGGCAUGUUCUAUCGCUGCGUCAACCCGAAGGCGAGCGAUGAGGUGGAUGCGCAUGUGUCCAUGUUCUCGCCGAAGACGAACCCGUGGUACCCGGAGAUGGGGCAUCUGAGUCGUGACCUGAUCGCGGAGUGGGUCAAGGAUUGGGGCGGUAAGGGGAGGAAGGGGAGUCCGGAGAGGAGCAGUGGGAUGGGGAGGGGGGAGAGGCUUUAG